AUGACUGACGUAGAGCAAAUGAAAUCAGUCGCCGAUACUCUUCGGCCAGUUGUUGUGUCCGGACCAUCGGGGUCAGGCAAGUCCACAUUGCUCAGACGUCUCUUUAAAGAUUAUCCCGAUAAGUUCGGGUUCAGUGUGUCUCAUACCACUCGUUCCCCUCGUCAGGGAGAAGAAAAUGGCGUUCAUUAUCAUUUUGUAACACGUAACGAGUUUGUGAAUCUAAUCAAUCAGAAUAAAUUUGUUGAACAUGCAGAAUUCUCGGGAAAUCUAUAUGGAACUAGCAUUGAAGCGAUCAGGUCCGUUUCAUCCCUGGGAAAAAUUUGUAUUUUGGACAUUGAAUUAAAUGGGGUGAAAGCUGUCAAGAAGACCGAUCUUAAUGCACGAUUCGUCUUUAUCAAGCCACCUUCAUUGGAAGCUCUCGAAAAGAGGCUCCUCGGUCGCAAUACCGAGACCAAAGAAUCCAUACAAGCGCGUCUGAAUGCUGCAAAAGAAGAAUUAGCUUAUGCGGAUCAAGAAGGCUCACAUGAUAUAAUCAUCGUAAAUGACGAUUUAGACACUGCAUAUGAAAGGCUUAAAAAUUUCAUUGUUGAAUAA